AUGGCUGAUUGUCGCCCAGCCCCCUGCAGCCUUGACCUCGCUCCUUCCGACAACUGGCUGUUCAACCACCUGCAGCGCUUUAUGGACGGAAAACAGUUCGAAACAGAAGAUGAUGUCAGAAAUGCACUCUUCAAGUCCCAGCCCCCGUCCUUUUGGGAGGAAAUCGACAAGCUGCCUAAGCGUUGGCACCGAGUAGUGGAUGGUGAUGGUGCAUACCUCUAA